AUGGUGAAUGCCGAGUCUAGGUCUAGUCAGAUACCCGGUACAAUCCAUCGAGUGUCACCAUACACCUCCAUCAUUCCAUGGAACGCAUUCAUUGGCUUCCUCUUCACGGUGCAAUCCUAUCCUGACUCCUGCUUGCGUCUCAGUCUCUUCUCAGGAACCAAGGACCUCUUCCCAGAAUUUCCCUUCCACAAUGGCGCCUCGGCCGUGUCCAUCGAGCUGGAGAGACCCGUGUCCCGACACUGCCAUGGCACAUGCUUACCAUCAGACUGCCAGCAGAAGCACCAGGCUCGGCGGAAGCUGUACUUUGCCUGCGUUGUGUGCUUUAUCUUUAUGAUCGGGGAGGUGGCAGGGGGUUACAUUGCCCACAGCUUGGCCAUCAUGACAGAUGCCGCCCAUCUCCUCACUGACCUGGGCAGUAUGUGCGUCAGUAUCUUCUCCUUGUGGAUCUCAACGCGACCUCCAACCAAACAUAUGACCUUCGGUUGGCACCGGUCUGAGAUUCUGGGGGCUCUGGCGUCGGUCUUCUCUAUCUGGAUUGUGACGGGGGUGUUGGUGUACCUGGCUGCCGCUCGGAUCAUCAACAACGACUAUGAUAUUGAUGGACACGUCAUGCUGAUCACGUCCGGCUGUGCCGUGGUCGUCAACAUCAUCAUGGCCUACAUCCUUCACCAGUCCGCCUCCUUCCACGGACACAGCCAUGGUUCAGGCUAUGAGAAGAUUGGAGACAGCCCCAGCGGUGGCCUGCCCCUGCACCUGGGACCUCAUGGCAAUACAAGCGUCAGGGCCGCCUUCAUCCACGUGCUCGGAGACCUCCUGCAGAGUAUUGGGGUGAUGGUGGCCGCCAUUAUUAUCUACUUCAAGCCGCAGUACAAGAUUGCUGACCCCGUGUGCACCUUCCUCUUCUCCAUCUUCGUACUGGCCACCACCACCACAAUCUUACGGGAUGUCUUCUGGGUGCUGAUGGAAGGGACCCCCCGAAGCAUUGCAUAUAACUCGGUGAAGGAAGUUCUGCUGACAGUCCAGGGGGUCCGCUCCGUGCACUGCCUGCGACUCUGGGCGCUCACCCUCAGCCAGAACGUGGUGUCUGUACAUCUGGCUAUCGGUAAGUCUGAGGUCCACGUUACCCCUCCG